AUUGAAGAGAAGGAUAACAUAGUUACGGCUCACUUUGAGAAUGGUCAGACACUGACGGCGGACUUAUUGAUUGGAUGCGAUGGCAUCCACUCCGUCACACGCACCUAUGUACUCGGAGACGACUCGAGUCCACGAUUUACAGGUGCAAGUGUUAUCUUGGGUCUAACCAAAGUCACCCCUGAAGAUAUGAACGAUGCGGGUAUCAAGUUUAAUGUAUUCCCAUCCAAGGAUCCUGCGGGUGGAGAAGCAGGUUGGAACAAGAGUGACCAUUCCACUGAGCAGUUUACAAAGAUGGUAGAAGGUAGAAUUGAAGGGUGGAAGGCGACGUUCCCCUCACUCCUUAUUUCCAAGCCAAUCAGAGCGUUCCCCGUUGGCCUGUACGACCGACCGCCAAUUCAAAAGUGGCAUAGAGGAAGAGUGGGUGCUCAAAUGGCGUCGGAGAGUGCGAUCAUUCUUGCUCGACUCCUCGCUGAACAUUCACCUUCCGACGAGCUUUUUGAACGAUAUGUUGCGCUUCGAAGAAAAAGGACAGAUGCUGUUACUGGAAACUCGGGAAGAGCUCUGAACAAUCUACUUGCGGACGGCCUUUGGGAAAUCAUUCGAGACACGGGUAUCUACCUAUUUGGAGGAUUCUUCAUUCGAAGUGGAAUGAUGGGACACAUUGGCUAUGACGCUGGCACAGCUCCUCUCGAUGCUUGA